AUGGACACAUGGUACCCGACAUGCAAUUCAUAUUUCUAAACAAUGUCGAUCGCCAUGUUAUGAGAAACUAGUUACAGGGUCACGGGAAUCUGAAGUCAUCACGAAUGAUUAGAACAUAGAAUGCUUUGAAAUUAUUAAAAUUAACGAUGAAUGAAGUGUCGUGGGAUAACCAGAGUGCCAGAAUGAUGAACGGCCCUGAGAUGGCGGGGAUUCGUCAACAAAACUUCUCCAGUCGCUCUCAAGACGAUGCAACUGUAGGCUACUUUUUUCAGCGACCUCAGCCAGAUGCUGAAAUGAACAGUAACUACCCAGGGAAGCGCUGGGCUAUUGGUGACGACAGUGUCAUUGAGCAGGCUAGAAAUGUGCAGGAUUUGGAAAGAGAUUUACAGAACCUUGCUGUUGGAGGCAGAGAUAUGCAGAAUUCUGCAAAAAAGUUGUGGGGUGAUAUGGGGGAUGGGCCCAAGCCUGGAGAGCCAGGUAAACAGAUGUUUCCACCAGGUAACCCAUGGAUGGCCCCUAGAGAUGAUUCAUGGGGGAACCCGGGAAAUAUGGAGCCUGGAGGACUUGGUGUAGAUAUGGUGGAGUAUGUAUUAAGUGGGGGUUCCCCAACAGGCAAGGAGUUAGAUGCUAGGAUGAGGAUGAAAGGACCACCUAAUCAGUUUAUGAGAAAAUUUAAGGUUCCAACGGGGUACUAUUCCCAGGUCCAGCAGCAAGAUGGAAGUAUGGGGGAUGUAGGUCAGGACAAGAAAAGUAAAACUCCAUCACCAUUUGAAGGCAGAGAUGGAGACCGAAGCGAUGAGAAUAAAGAAAACUUGCAGAACAUUCAGAAUAUGCAAAAUAUGCAAAAUAUUCAGAAUAAUGGACUUAUGCAGAAUGGGCUCGAUGAAGAGAAUGUAUUUAGGAGGAGCAGCCGACAGAACAGUCCUAUAGAUGAAAAUAAGAUGAAUCAAAUGGGUGGACCAAACAAAGACAAUGAUUUCUUUGACAACCAGAACCAGUUCCAGCAGCCUGGUUUCCAGUUGGACCCACCUCCAUUUGAACCCAUGGGUCUGGACCCUGGCCACUUUGACUACAACAAUCAGAUGAUGCCAUCAAUGGAUAGUCCAAACUUUAAUAUGGACUAUGCUCAGUUAUUACAAAGACAACAACAGCCCAUUGCAGUGCUGACACAACAACAGUAUGCCCUUGCUACUCAACAGCAACAACUAGGCCUGGCCCCCAAUGGCAUAACACCAACACCCUACGUCCUGAGCGCACAGGAUCCUUACGCCGUGGGCAUUCCACUUGCAGGACCAACUGUAUUACAUCCCCAGUAUUAUGGAGUGCAGGCACCCUGGGGGAUCUACCCUGCAAAUCUCAUUCAACAACAAGGGCAACAAACACCGCAGGGUAUGUCAUCACAGCAACAACAACAGCAACAGAUGAUGAGAAACCAAACAGGACGACCGCUGACCCCGUCACAACAGAAUGAUUCAUCACAGCCAUUAACUCCAAAUGCUCCUAGUGAGUUUAAAGAUAUGACUUCUGUAUCACAGUACCAGAUACUUGCCCCAGCUUAUUACGAUCAGAAUGGACAGUUGGUGAUGGGUAACCCUCGUGGUCUGGGAACUCCUGUUCGUUUAGUACCACCAGCGCCAGUUCUAGUCAGUGCAUCUGGAAACCAACAAGGUGGUGCUGCAUUAGGCAGCAAUCCGUUGAGACUUCUGACCACCCAAGCACAACAACAUCAGACAACUCCGCCUGUCGUCUAUUCCAGCUCCAGUUCAUCAACACAAAAUUCUUUGGGCUACACACCGAGCAGUAGUCUUGGUUUCACACAGGGCACGUCCAGUCUGUUCACACCUCAGCCAAGUAACUAUGGCAACACAGGCCUUAACAACAUGCCUUCUCCGGGAACUAUCGGCUCUGGUCAAAGGAGAGACUCGUUAGAAUACAAACAGAGGCAACAGUUACCACAGCUGAACCAGUUCUAUGGGUCCAUGACAAGUAUGGGGUCACCUGCUGGUCCCAUGGGUCUGGUCCAACCAGGACAGUCUAUGACACCACCACCAUCUCUAUCAGGCUCAUCAUCAAACCUUGCUCUGGGUAUGGCUAAUGGACCAAGACUGUAUAACGCUGCCCCUGGUGCUGAGACACGUUACAGAAAUGGAUCCAUUGGAUCUGCGAAUGGUAUUUUCACAAGUUCUCUUUUCCCAAACAGAACAAUAGCCAAUAGAAGCGCAAGUAUGUCCAAAGAGGUAACAGGAAGGAGUCGGUUGUUGGAAGAUUUCAGAAAUAACAGAAUUCCAAAUCUUCAACUUAAAGAUCUCACAAAUCAUGUUGUAGAAUUCUCACAAGAUCAACAUGGAUCAAGGUUUAUUCAACAGAAGCUGGAGAGGGCUACAUCACAAGAAAAAUCAAUGGUGUUUAAUGAAAUUCUGGCUGCUGCUUAUCACCUUAUGACUGAUGUGUUUGGAAAUUAUGUUAUUCAGAAAUUCUUUGAGUUUGGUGACAAUGAUCAGAGACAGACAUUAGCCCAGAGAUUACGUGGGCAUGUUCUACCACUGGCCCUUCAAAUGUAUGGUUGUCGUGUCAUACAGAAAGCCUUGGAGACAAUACCUAAAGACUUACAAGUGGAAAUCGUGAAGGAGUUAGAUGGCCAUGUUCUCAAGUGUGUAAAGGACCAGAAUGGUAAUCAUGUUGUACAGAAAUGUAUUGAGUGUGUCAAACCAGGUCAUUUACAGUUUAUAAUUGAUGCAUUCAAGGGACAGGUGCUAGCCUUGUCAACACAUCCAUAUGGGUGUAGAGUGAUCCAGAGGAUCUUAGAACACUGUAUUCAAGAACAGACCAAACCUAUCCUGGAUGAGCUCCAUCAAUAUACUGACAGACUGGUACAAGACCAGUAUGGGAACUACGUCAUACAACACGUGCUGGAACACGGAGCUCCUGAAGAUAAAAGUAGGAUUGUUAAUGAGAUGAGGGGCAAAGUUGUUCCCCUUAGUCAGCACAAAUUUGCAAGCAAUGUUGUAGAGAAGUGUGUUUCUCAUUCAUCUCGAACAGAGAAGGCCUUCCUGAUUGAAGAAGUUUGUUCUCUGAAUGAUGGUCCACACAGUGCCUUGUACACCAUGAUGAAGGACCAGUUUGCUAACUAUGUGGUACAGAAAAUGAUAGAUGUGGCAGAACCCCAACAAAGGAAAAUCCUGAUGCACAAGAUAAGGCCACACAUUGCCACACUGAGAAAAUAUACAUAUGGAAAACAUAUCUUGGCCAAGCUGGAAAAGUUCUUUAUGAAGAAUAACUCUGAUUUGGGACCCAUUGGUAUGCCCCCUAACGGCACUCUUCCGUGACUAGACGUAGAUCCUGGUACCUACCCCAUUGAUUGGAAGUUAGAAGUUUAAUGUAAAGUUCUGUUGUAAUGACCAUUUGAACGUCACAUUGAAGAAGUGGUUUAAUUGAAAAUUAAUUUUUCUUUCGAGUAUAAUUAUGUGGUCAAAGUGAUGAAGUCAAGCAUUAAUGUAAAAUACUUUUGUUAACUUUUUUGAAAAGUGUUGUUUUUUUGAAGAUCAGAAUUACAUUUUUGGUAGUUUCUGUAUUUUAUUUUUGUUUAUGUCUUAUUUUGUUGAUUUCUCAUAAUGAUGUUUGUUUCUGUUGAAGAUUUUUUUUUUCAUUUCUUUUGCAUUUAGUUGAAUAUUCUGAAGAUUUCUUUUUCUGUUUUUUCUUCAGUUUCAAUCUAAGUGUGUUUUAAUAUGGUGCAUGUAAAUAGAAAUAAAUUGGAAGAUUUUUAUUAUUUGGCGUAAACUUUUUGUGCAUGUAAUAGUAUCAGUGAUACAUACUUUGGUUUAAUAUAGUUUUAAAUGAGAUUCUAUCAGAUAAAGAUUAUAUUGAUUUUCCAAUGAGAUGUUAAAGAUAGGUAGUUACUCCUAAUGUGAAGAAAGAAAAAACAUAUCAUGGAUAGCUUAGAAAUGUUACAUUAAAAGUCUUUGAUUAUGUUUAUAACUGCUGACAUCUAACAGAAACUUUUGAAUUUAGUUUUAAAAAAUUACCUUGUUGAAACUAAAUAACCUUAACACCAAUUGAAGAUAACACUUUAUAGAAUAUUGUGUCUUAAACAGGAAUACACUGCCUUACAAUUUAGAUAAACAAAAUAUGUUUCUUGCAAGUUUUCAUAUGAAUGUGAAAAUUUAUUCACAAGCAAGAACGAAUUCAUUAUAUUGAAACAACAUACAAUGCUAAAUCUACGUAAAGAAAUGGUCUGCGUUUUUACAAACGCCUGUAAUAAAACCAUUAAAUUUUUUAUCAAAAUGAUACACUUGAUUGUUUUUUCGCUCUCAAAAACAGUUAAUUAGUUUGUUUUAUGUUGAUAAAAAUCAUUCACAUGUAGUAAUCUGUGUUUAGAUGAGUAAAUUUAAAUGGUAUUUUAUAAUAUGUCUCAUUGUAUAAUACUUCUGUAUGAAAUGGCUUUUUAAUACUAGUCUCGAUCUCACAGAUAAAUCAAAUGUAGUAUUCUAUCCUGUACAAAUAUUAAUUCUAUAUUUCUUUGAUGAACAUAGUUAUGUUUAAAGGCUUCAUCAGAUAGUUGACUGUGUGCAUUAUUAGAUUUUGAGAAUGAUUUAUGGUUAAAAUCUUCUUUUAAAGAUGCAUUGGUAUUCGAAGUUGGGGAAAUUGUUAUGGGAUAAAAUGAUAAUGAUCAUAAUUUACCUGUUUCAUAUGAACUUGCAGUUGUAAUCCUUAAAAGAAUUUGUAUUCAUUUUUUAACUUCAUUUAAAAAAAUAUAUCCAUUCUUAUAAGAGCUUAGAAUUGGCAUCUUCUGCAGAUAAUUUCGGUGCAUUCUAUUUUUUGGCUGCAUUCCAAAGGAUGUCUUCCAUGCUAUUGAUUUGCAUUUCUUUGAAUGACGUUCUUUUCAAAUCCCAAAAAGUUGAGGAUCAUUUGAUGAUGAUGCAAGUUUUUAACAACCUUGACUGGCAUUGAAUUAAAUUAUUUUAAUGUUAAUAUUUGGAAAGUACUAAAGCCUCUUUUUUGAGGGCAUGAAAUAUUUGCAAUUGGUAAAGUCACAUAGUAUCCAUAAUCAAAAGAGUUUGUUUAAAUGAAAAUGAAUAAUCGAUGGUCAACAAACUUUCGACCGUCUAGACGGGAAACCAGAGAGUCUAGUCUGUUGAUUGAUCACAGCAUUGGUUAACAAAAAUUAGUUAAUCAAAGUUAAGACAAUAACUUUUUUUUGUUUGACUCCCCCAAACUGGACUUUGCAGUCAAUCAAAAAGUCUGAUCUGCAAAUCCAAUUAACUAAAUGUUAUUGAUAUAUGUUAAUUCUAUGACUUUCUAUAGCUGAUUAUGUAGAUAUAAGAAAAAUGUUGUAAGCAGUGUUUUUAUCAUAUUUUUCAUAAACAAUAGAAUUCGAUAUGGCAAAGCAAUGUACAAAUUUGAUAUCUCUCUAUAUAGGCACUGUAAAAAAGUUUAUAGUCUGUACAAAAAUUUGUAUCAAAAUAAGAAAACUAAAAGUCUUUCAGUUGUGAACAUUUUUGUAGGUAUAUAUGUAAAUAUUUUCACUGGAACCGUGUAAAUUUUAGUAACUCUAAAAGAAUGUAUAAUAAAAGUCAAGUCAACUUUGUAAAUUUGAAAAAAGUUUUGUACAAAAUUUUUAGAUAAACAAAACGUGCAAUGUAAUCAGUGUAAAUAUCUUCCAUUAAAAGCAGCAUUCAUUCCAAAUUGCAAUGGGAAUAAUGUUUGUGUAUUUCUUCUAAUCUGGUGAUAGAAUUGUUUAAUAUGUUAUGAACUGAAUCUAAGAUACAUAUUGCUGCCUAAGAAUAAGGGUUGCAUAUACUCUAAUGAAUACCUUGGUUUUUGUUAGUUCAUGGUAUUGAAAUUGUGUUGCUGAUAAGUUCAUAAAUAGCCAGGGUCUUACAGAAUCCCAAGUUGGGAGUCCAAAGUCAACAAAUAUAUAUGUCAUAUAUAAACACACAGUUCCAGAGAGAGAAAAUAUAAAGAAGAUUUUUAGCCUUUAACUGCUUAGAUACUUUAUAUAAAUACCCCUAUGUCAUGGAAAAGGAAAAAAAGAUGAACUGUAAAUAUUCCUGGUUGUAAUAGUGAGUUAGUCUGAAUAAAAUACUCUCCCCUAACAUGAAAUGAGUUGCUACUUUUGUAAAUAAAUACUGUGUUCACUUUUAGUGAGGUUUUCAAAAUGUGUAUCAUCAGAUUGGAAGAAAUAUGCAAACUUUUAUUGCAAGAAUUUCCUCAGAUAUAUUUCUUUAUAAAUAAAGUUUUUUUAUUACAAAUGUAACAUAGCUGUAAAGAUACAGAAGGGUAUCAUAUUUCCUAUGUAAAUAAUACAAGUGCCUAUCAUUAAGGGUUAUCUCCCCUUAUCAAAUAGUGUCCGUUACUUUCUGUUUGGUUUGAUGAUUUUCUAUGACCAUUAUAUUAUACUAUUGAUUCCAUUUGAAGUCAUUUCAUUUAAUUGCUAUUUAUAUUUUAGAUAUUAAUAUAUUUCUGAUUUUGUGAUUAUAUUCCUGAAAAAAUGUCGGAAUUUUUAUAUAUUUUUUAUUUGUUUUGAAAAAAUUUGAAAAAUAUAUAAUAACAAAAUAACAAUAAAUUUUUAUUAUAAAAUUUGGUUAAUUCCCAACUGUGUUUCUUUUAAGGUGGGAUUUCCAGACCAAUUGAAGUAGUGUAUAUUAUUUGAUAAGAGGAAAUAAUUAUCAUAAAUACUUGCAUAAUGUAUGUUCAUUUCAAUGUAAAAUAGAAAGAGUUAUGAUAAUGGAAAAUGUAUAUUUCUCAAGAUUCAAUUACUUGUAGGAUUUUAAAACAAAAUCAUUCCUAUUUCUUUGUCAAUAUUUGACAAAAGGUGUAAUAUAUGAGAAUACUGUAAAGAUAUAGUCAUUGUACAGAAAAGGAAAUCAAUGGUGCUUACUGGUCCCCUUUGUUCAGUUAUAUUGGUAACCAGUUUUAACAGAAGUGAGGGUAUGUCUCAAAAAGGUUUUAAUGCUGUAAUUAAAUAUUGAAUUUAUUUGUUAUAAUAGAAAAAUUAAAAUAAGGAUUACUAAACUAAAUAGUAGAUCAUAUAUUAAGACAUGCAUUAUAUAUUACUAUACACAAAUGUUGACUUCAGGGCUAAAAAUUAAAUUUAUUCCCACCGGUGAUGGCUGAAAUGGUGAGUUGUCAGAGUUUCUUAUGUAGAAAACAAAAAAACAUAAUUAUAUGAAGACUUCUAGAACAUAAUAGUAAGUAGAUAUGAGAAGAGAGAUUUGGAAAAUCUGACACCUGACAAAACAGUUAAUUUCCCUAUUUGUCAAUGGUAAAACUAUAAUUUUCACUAUAUAAUAUAAAAACAUAAAGAUGUGGUAAGAUAGCAUAUUACUUAAUAUUUAUUGGCAUACAAAAAAUUGAGUUUUGUGAUUGAUAUUAAAAAUAUCUAUACUUUCAAAAGAAAUAUUUCAAAUUUUUUGUUCUGUUUAUCUUCAAAUACUUUGAAAUUCAAUUUAGAAAAAAAAUUAUAGAUAGAUUGGAUAGAGACAGAAGAGAAGAAACUUUGACAAUUGAACAUUUCAGUAUUCAAAACAGAAUGAUGUAAGAGUUGGGUAUCAUUUUAAAAGCAUUCCUAAUUACCAUAAUGAAUGAAUUUGUGUAGAUAUUGGUUGUGUAUAGAACAUUAUAGCAGUACUGCUGGUUGUUACUGUUUGUUGUACUAGAAAGGCUGUGAAGUUGUUAUAACUAUUAUAAAUGGGUUUGCUCAAGUGGGAAAUUUUUCUUUCAUGAAAAGAGUUGAAAAUGGUGUUUUACCUUCAAGAAUUAUUGGUUUUAUUUAAUACAUAAAUUUAGCAAAGGAUCUUUCUACACUAAUUUUAAUUUAUUUUCCUUUAUAAACCUUGAUUUAGCAUUUUUUCCCCCAAAUUAAUGAAUUAUUUAAUUUGUAGUUUCCCAAAAGUUAAGCUUAAAGUAUCUGUGUAAAAGAUUUGAUGAAGGCAUAAUUUGUUACUGGAUCUUAUUGUCGAACAUGAAACAACCAGAGUAUUGUCUAUAGGUUACAGAGUUUAAUCCUGCUGCCUUGUACAAAGUUACCAAGAGUGCUACAUAUACAUGUGAAACAUUGUCAUCUACAGAUAGUUUGUACAAAGUUUUGUAAUAUAUAACUCAUAGCUGUCAAAAAAUGACUGUUUUCAACAGUAUUUUCUACGAUUUUGGUUGCAGUUGAAGCUAGUGUACAUCAUGGUUCUAGGUUGCUGGUCUUUAAUUGAGUGUAGAUUUAUGCACAAUAACAUUAACAGAUUUUAAUAUGGCAACUGAUAAUGGAUACUGGUUUUCAAAACUCUAUUAUUAACUGUUGAUAUACAAACAAGACUUACAAAAAAAUUGAGGGAAUUUUAUAAACAGAUGGAGACCAUGUUUAAUUUGUGAUUACAGUAUGCUUAAGAUACUUAAUUGGUAGGGACUCAACAAGAAAUUACUAAAGGCAUAAGUAGGGAAAGGGCGGGGGGAUUAAUGAUAAAAAGGCAUAAGUAAGGAAAGGGCGGGGGAUUAAUGAUAUUUAUUAUAAAUAGGAGGGUUGUUUUUAAGGCAGAAAUUGAUGACUAGAUAUCAAAAUUGUGAUGUACAUUUGCUUCAUUGUAGCCUGUAAUUAAAAUAUCAUUAUAAUGUACAGAAUUAUCAUGUAAACAAACCAUUUAGGACCAAACCUGUAAUAUAAGAAGUUUGUACAGAGAUUGUAAGUAGUUCUGUUUUUGUAUAUUUAGUUCUUCAUUCAACAAUUCAUCUUUCAUUGUGUCUGAUCAGAAUCGUAAUGGCACCCAAUAAAAACUUACAAGGAAACAUAAGAUGUUGAUUAAUAGGGAUUCAUUGUUGGAUUAUCUGAUCUUAUAUUUUAUUCUAAUAAAUUUUACUUGCACUGGAAAUAUUUCGUUUUUCAUAUUUUAUCUUAAUUUACAAUUACAUAUACUUGUGCAAGGGAAUUAACUUUGAAAAUAUUAAGAAACAUUUUUUUUCUUUGGAAUUUAUCUUCAUGGAACAAUUAAGAUAGAAUGCAACUAGAGGUCCAAGGUUUUGAGAAAGUCUUGUUUAAUUAUUUUUGUAGUAUUUGAAAAUUGUCAUAUUCUUUGAUUUGGCAACAGAUCUUAGAUAAUCCAAUUUCAAACCCCUAUUACUACAGUUCUAAUGUGCCUUCAUUCCUAUAAGGACCAUAGAAGUUUUACAAUAUGAACAGAAAAAUAGUUUCAACAAAAUGUAUGAAUUUUGUUAAUUGCGACUUAAAAGGGGGGACUGUCUUUUUGACUAACAGAGGGAGGACGAUAGAAAGGUAGACUACUUUUAUAUGAACCUGACCUCAUUAGAGGCGAUUACAUUACUUUUAUAUGAACCUGACCUCAUUAGAGGCGAUUACAUAAGACUUUGCAAAUUUGAUUAAAAACAAUCUUCGCUCAGUAAUAUUCUAACGCAAAUCAUCAAAGAGAUAAAUGAUGGGCUUGAGAAGUUGAAAAAAAAUUGAAUUUAAAACUGCCUGUUGACAAUAUUAUCGACUGAUUGUAACAAUUGACAAUCUUUUUUAUGAAGAGAAGGAGAAGAGUUAUCUUCCAAAUUUUUUAUAUAAACAAUUCAAGGGCUUGCAAGUAUAUACACUAAUACUGCUUAGUUGUACAAGUCGUGCUUAUUUAAACAGACCAUUCUUAUUCAUUGUGGAAUAAGAUAUAAAUAUUAAUUGAUAUGAUUCAUUGCUUGUUUUAGCCUUAUAUUAAUUUCUAGUUUAUACCAGGGGACGGGGUGGAUAGAAUCAUUUCAAACAGGUUAUAAUUAAUAUUCUUGUUUGAUCUUGAGCAGUUGAUUUAAUAAACAGAUGAGUGAUUUUCAGAACAUAACUAAUAGAAGCGUAUUAUUAUAUAAGUAUGCAGAAUGACGUAACCAACUAUUCUUUAGACUUUAAAAUGGUCAAUUAAAAAAAGGCUGAAGAUUCGGUACCCAUAGAUAUAUUAGAUAUAAAAUAUAAUAUAUUUUAUAUCAGAAUUUUUUUUUUAUCUCUUAAAAAUAAUUGGUUGCAUGUUCACCAAGUUAGGGAUUUUGUUGUUAUAUUUUAUCUCAUGUUUGGUACACAUUACUUGCAAUGUGAAAUAGACUCUGUUGUAGCCCCGACACAAAGUUGUCUCACCAUCAGAAGGGUUAAAGAGAGAAGAUCAGUUUUCAAAUAAUGAAAUUGGGUGACAUUUCAUUAGAAUCAGGUCUUUGAUAAUCAUUGUAAGUAAUGAUAUCUUAAAGUUAAGCAGUCCCACAUCUAUUUUCAGUUAUUGGAGUGGUGAAUGAUAGGUAUCGAGUAGUUUCCAAAUAUAUCUUUUUGGUCUAUUCACCUUUUGUUUUAUUGACUUGUAUGAUUUUCUUGGGAGUGUCUAUACAAAUUAAAAACUCAUUGUAGGUUAAAAGUCUACUCCCAAGUUUUCUAGAUGGUAUUUCAAAGUUUGUUUCACAUUGCAAGUUUUUGUAUAUAUUUUCAUGUUUUUUGCCAGAUAUCAUUGUUAUCAUCACUUUAGUUGUCAACAAAUUAAUGGGUCCAAUAAGUAAUUUAGUACAUGGAAUGUUAACUUUAUAUUGUACAGUAGAUGUGUAGUAUUUUAGGAUGUUGUAUAUUUUGCCAUUUGCUUUUUUUUUCUUUAUUCAUAUAUAUUCCUCUUUAUUUUCUGGUCUAGAGGAAUAUUGAUAUUUUUAGAUAUUGUCUACAAAUACAAAUUACACUUAUGGGAUUUUGAGUCCAUUGAAAUGUAAUUAGUUUUGGAUAAUAGAGGGACAAAUAUGGAAUGUGGUCUCCUUAGUUUUAAGUAUCCGAGCUGUUUAUAUAGGGAUUGAUUUUGUAUCUGGAGAAAUUUUCAUUUAAAUAAAGAACAACAAAUGUUAAUAUCAGAACAUUUGAAAAUGCUUAUAAUAGGCAAUUUUACAUCAGGGUAUAAAUUUUGGUAUUUCAGAAAUAUGAAAUUUUUGUUGAGGUAAUACUUAUGCUUAUUGGGGUACAUACAUUCAAAGGAAACCUUUUCUCUCAUUCUUUGCUUAUCAGGGUAGCAUAGUACACACAUAUAUAUAUAUAUCUUGUAUAUUUAGCCAUCAGUGUACAAACAUUUGCAAUGUAUAGCUCAGUAUAUUUUAUAUUGUAAAAAUAGUAGUCAGAGAAUUAUAUAUAUGUCUAUAAGCCAUCAUUAUUAUGUACAUUCAGUGAAGUGGAACAACUAUGUCAGUGCUUUCAUUUUUGUCAAUAUUGUAUAUGAACCCAGUGGGGAAAACCGGGCGUUUACCCAUUUUGUACAUUGUACAGAAUUUUUGUAGAUUUGUGUAAAGAUCUUUUAUACUGACUGGCAAAACAAGGUUACAAAAUAGUUUUCAUUGUGUAUAUUUUCUUCCUUUUGAUAAAAUCUUUGUUGAUUCUCCAUUCAUAAGUUUGUAAAUAUGUGAAUAUUUUCCUACAUAUCAGUUUUAUUUGGAACAUCGCUCGGGUCUCCUUGUAUUAAGCUAUCUAAACUUAACUAUUGUUUUCAAUUUGAUCGAAAAUAGACCAUUAAUUUAAGGGAAGAUACUUGAGACUAAUCGCCUAUUUCUUGGGGACUUUUCGAUUAAAGAUAUUCUUUCAAUUCAAUUACAAAAUAUCACAUUGUUAAUAAUGAUAUAAACAGUACUAAUUCAAAAUGCACAUUACCAGUAAAUAGAAUACAGUUGAUAUUUGUGAUAAUUUCUGUUUUGGUCAUAUUCAACAAGAUACAUAAGAUUUGAUGUAUUAUAUACUUACUAGUUCUCCCAUUAAGUUGUAUUCGGGUUAUUUUGUAUACAUUGUACAGUAUGCUACUUUGUACGCUUGUUUUGUAGUCAUGUAGUUGAGGUUCAUGCUUUUGUCUGUAAAUCAUGUACAGAAAUCAUUGCUAAAAAAACUCAUGAAUUUUCAUCAUCUACUAAAACCUUGUGUUUUGCAAUUAAAUGAAUAAAAAAGUCUAAAUAAA